AUGUACAAAACAAUCUUAUUAAUCACAAUUUUAUCUUUUGCAUUGAUCAAUGCAGCUACAAUUGAACGAGUUGAUAUAGAAACAGGUGAACUGACAUUGAGCGAAGAACAAUAUCGAGGAUUGACUGAAUGUGAUCAAAAUGUGCUCGAAGUUCAACUUAAAGAUAAACAUCAAUAUACUGCUGUCAAGUUAAUUCCGUAUGAUAUUAUCGUCAAACCACCGACUGACUGCUGGUGGCGUUAUCGAUUAUUCAUGGCAUUAAAUUACCAGAAGUUCAAAGAUUGGGCAAACAGAUAUUGUCGCAGUUACAUUGGUUGUUGGUGUUGUCCGAGCAAUGGUUUAUGUGUAACAUUCGUUGUGAAACCAGAUUUCUGGCAUUGUUUUGUUCUGAAUAUUCCAAUAUUCAAAGAAAAGAUCCCUCGAAUACCUGUGUUUGAAGCUGAACUUGACGUAACUGUUCAAUGA